CAGGUUAUUUUCGCGCGCUACCGCUUAUUUAGUCCUCAACUUUGGUGAGAGAGCCAUCUAGUGGGAUUUUCCUGAAAUUAGUGCGUGUAAACAUUUGUGUGUGCGGUGAUUUGUAACAUUUUUCAAAAUGCCUGGACGUCCAAUUUGGCAGUGCGCUGGCAAACGUGAGCCCGAGAAGGAGGUAGAAGCCCAACGCUGGAUUGAAGCCGUGAUCGGCGAGAGGUUCCCCAACAUGCCAUACGAACUGGCGCUACGAGACGGUAUCAUCCUCUGCAAGUUGAUGAACCGUCUGCAGCCCGGCAUCAUCACCAAGGUCAACAUCUCGGGCGGGGACUACAAGUUCAUGGACAAUAUCAGCCAGUUUCAAAAGGCGUGUGUUAAAUACGGCGUGCCCGACGUGGACCUGUUCCAGACCACGGACCUGUGGGACCAGAAGAACAUUGCUCUGGUCACCACGACUAUCUUCGCCAUUGGCAGGACUGCAUACAAACACCCCGAAUGGCGCGGUCCCUUCCUCGGCCCCAAGCCAGCUGAAGAGAACAGACGCGAAUUCAGCGAAGACGUCGUCCGGGCAGGACAGACCGUGAUCGGUCUACAAGCCGGCACAAACAAGCACGCGACGCAGUCCGGACAGAACUUUGGCGCGUCCCGCAAGAUCAUCCUCGGCAAGUGAAGUACCAGGGCGCGAGGAUGCUUCAGGAGACGCGUAAAGGCCAAUUCAAACUUAUACCGACAUCAGACUAUCCGAAAGAUAUCAUUCGGCCAUCGUGCGUCGCGAACGCGCCAAUACAGCUACGGGCAAGCGCGAGCGAAAUGCGAGAUAUCCGAAUUAUAUUCUUCAGGGGACCGAUUUUAAAUUUCGAAUGCACGAUUUCGCCGUUCGAAGUCUGUGGAAAAACGAUUUUAUUGCUAUUUUUGAAAAAGGACAACUAGUAAUUUUAAAUCUAGUGGUACUAAACACUCGUUUUCGUAAAUCGUUAUUGAAUUUAAUUCACCAAAUCGAAUAGUCGACAUUCAAAAAUGGGCCCCAGACGUGUUAAUGAUAUCAGUGUAAGUUAGAAUAGGCCUGCUAGUCAAUGUUAGCAAUAACUUUAUUUAUUAUUUAGCCCUUUAAUGAAAUAGGUACAUUAUUUAACCUUAUAUUAUUAUUACUAUAAUGUUUAUAUUUAUAAGUAUGUAAUUUAAGGAAGUAAUGUAGCAAUAAAUAAAAUUGUAUUUACUAUUU